AACAAACAGCUUGUUUUCUGUGAGCUUGUAAUUUUUCUCAGUAGACAGAUCAAUAAUUUUUCCACGAGUAUUUUGGAGCGCGUUAAGUACUCUACGUAUACUGUUCAUCAAUUACGAAAAGUACAUGUGCCGUUUGUAGCCUGUAGCGUUUUGUGAAGUACAUGUUUUUUUGUCCCAUCCGAUAAAAUCUCUACAUGUAUACUCUGUAACUUUGUAAAAGAGACUAUUUGAAUUUUCGACGGUUUUUCAAUAGUUUCUACAUAUUGUGAUCUCCAGUGAAAGUGUUAGUCAUUUAUAAUUUCUGUGGUGAUAGUUAUUUAUAAUUUCUAUGGGAAGGACGACCGAAGGCAGCGAAGUGCUCACUUUCACUAUUUCGUUAUCUUAAUCAGUAUAACUUUUGUGAUAUAAUAUUUUUUGUGAAGGAACGACGAGGAAUAACAAUAGCGUUUGCUGUAAUGUAAUGUGAUGCUCCUCCCGAUAAUAGCCCUGACAGCAGUAAUGGACCACGAAAAAACUAUUUGGAUAAAAGAGGAAACAAGUGAGAUAUCAAGUUCACCAGGCUCCAUUGUCCAGGUAUACCCCUCUAGUGUGGAAAUAAAGGAAGAACCACAGGAGACUGGGAAUCAAGAGUUACUUCAAGAUCCAUUAAAAAUGGAGGCUCCAUUUUACAACACAGAGGAAGAUCCAGGACUAAAAUUGAAUGCGAGUCUCUCUGAACAUAGUACAUGCUGCACUGUUACACUGCAAAGCAAAACACUUGUUCAGUAGCCUGAUGACUGCAGAACACUUCAGUGCCAAAAAUAGCACUUCACCACAAGAGCUGAUGAACAUAAGUGCAUCUAAUGUGGGACAGAACAUGAUACUGUUUAUCAAAGGCAUGAAAAUGGGCACUUUACCAACUGUACCAUUGGUGGCGUGGUAGGGAAAGUUGGCUUGCCAUUGGUAACAUCUGGGCAACUGCUUCACAUCUUGCUGUUAGCUAAACAUCAAAAGUCUCUAUUUUUUUAAACACACUUUAGGCAAUUAAAUUACAAAUAAAAUCUGCCUCUACACACACAGUGAGAUAAGAAGUCAUGGGAUACCUCCCAUGGUCUUGUCGGCCCUCCUUUUGCCAGGUGUAGUGCAUCAGCUUGAUGUGGUAUGGACUCAACAAGUCAUUGGAAGUCCCCUACAGAAAUAUUGAAACAUGGUGCCUCUAUAACCGCCCAUAAUUACAAAAAUGUUGCUGAUGUAGGAUGUCAUGCAUGAACUGACCUCUUGAUUAUGUCCCUAAAUGUUAUAUCGGAUUUGUGUUGGUCAAUCUGGGUGGCCAAGUCAUUUUCUUAGAUUGUCCAUAAUGUUCUUCAAACCACUCAUGAACAACUGUGGUCUGGUGACCAGGCUAUGGUUUUCUAGUCACCUAGGGUCCAACAAAUUUGCUCACAAGCCCAGGGAACCACUGCAGGCAAUGUCAUUUUGUUGGCAAAUGCACCCACAUUGGUUGUUUGCUGCCAUGGUCCAUUAAUACCAAAUUUUGCUGCUCUGUCCUAACAGAUAUGUCUGCUGUACAUCUCACAUUGAUUUAUGUGGUUAUUUCAUGCAGUGUUGCUUGACUGCUAGCACCAACAGUACACAAACAUUGCUGCACUCAUUUGUUAAGUGAAGGUCGAUGGCCAUAGUGAGAGAUAAUGUAAGAAAUUUGGUGUUUUCAUCACACCCUUUACACCAUAUAUCUUGGAAUAUGUAAUUCCCUAAUGAUUUCCAAAAUGGAAUGUCCUAAGCAUCUAGCUCCAACUACCAUUCUGCAUUCAAAAUCUGUUAAUUCUCAUUGUGGGGUCAUAAUCACUAUGGAAACCUCUUCACAUGAAUCACCCGAGAACAAAUGACAACUCUUCCAAGCACCUUCAGUUUACGUGUUGUGUAUGUGAUAAUACCACAAUCUUUACAAGUGAAUAUCACUGUCCCAUGACUUUUAUCACCUCACUAUGUAUGUUCUUCAAUGAGUUACACAGUAAUUCAACUAAACAUACUCAGAGGUGCCCACAAUAUAAACAUAUUUAUCCUCUGACUGUAGGAACUGAAGGCUACAGUUAAAUACAUAAAAGUAUAAAGUUGAUAACUUCCAGACCACAAAUAUAACAUUAACUCUUAGCGCUCAACCAAUGGGGUAGCCUAGACUGCCAUAUUUGGUCAUUUUAUUAUUUCUAUGUGCAUACUUCAGAAAAUGUAGUUUAAUUGAUGCACCACAUUAAUGAACUCCCCAAACCGUUCUUUUUGCAGUGAUGUGUUGAGCAAAAAUAUUAUGACAUAUGAUGUUGGCAGAUAAAAUGAUUACCUGUUUUCCAAGUUAAAAGUGAAGAUUGCUUCAUUAUUGUGGGGAGGGGGUGAAGAAUUUCUGUUGAUCCCACCAGUAAGAUUUUGAGAAGUAUGAUGAAUGAUAUACCGGGUGAUCAAAAAGUCAGUAUAAAUUUGAAAACUGAAUAAAUCACGGAAUAAUGUAGAUAGAGAGGUACAAAUUGACACACAGGCUUGGAACCAAAAAAAUACAAACGUUCAAAAAAAGUCCGACAGAUGGCACUUCAUAUAAUCAGAAUAGCAAUAAUUAGCAUAACAAAGUAAGACAAAGCAAAGAUGAUGUUCUUUACAGGAAAUGGUCAAUAUGUCCACCAUCAUUCCUCAACAAUAGCUGUAGUCUAGGAAUAAUGUUGUGAAAAGCACUGUAAAGCAUGUCCAGAGUUAUGGUGGGGCAUUGGCAUUGGAUGUUGUCUUUCAGCAUCCCUAGAGGUGUCAGUCGAUCAUGAUACACUUGCAACUUCAGGUAACCCCAAAGCCAAUAAUUGCACGGGCUGAGGUAUGGGGACCUGGGAGGUCUUUUUUUUUUCUUUUUUU